AUGUUUUGGUUCUCCUCGUUUGCCUUUGCGGCACUAAUUGUCCUUCUGUCACCUCUCGUGGAAUCAACUUCGUCCAAUACAUCAAUAAACACGACCAAUCCUAUUACACUCGUCACGGCAUGGUAUCCACACCCUGGCUACAACCCAAAGUAUCCGAACAAGGAGGAGGCCUACCGCCGUCUCAUUGGGGAAGUCCUAUCUCGCGUUCAGACCCCGAUCGUCAUCUACACUCCAAGUUCAGAGUCAGAGUUCAUCCUAUCCUCAAGACCGGCUGGCGCUCCGAUUAUCAUAAAUAAUACUUACGAGACUAUAUGGGAUGUUCCGAACCUUUCAACACUUGCAGCGUCGUUUCAUACCGACCAGCGGAAGAUAGCCUGGCAAGAUGAGGAACGGACUAAUGCUAGAGAGGAUUCUCCUCAUAUGUAUGGUGUGUGGAACGCAAAGGUCUCUUUUUUGAACAUGACAGCCAUGUUGAACCCGUUCGAUUCGGAGUACCUUUUCUGGCAUGAUGCUGCAGCAAGUCUGUCUUACAAUGGCUCUUUAGAAUCAUGGCCAGAUCCGAACAAGAUUUCGAAGAUAUUUUCACGCCACGAAGGUUACUCAGACAAGUUACUCAUGGUGGCUCGUGAGUUACAGCCCGCAUUCCCUGUCGAUGCAUCGUGGGAGGUUGCUCCGCUAACUCGAACAAUAGCAGGUGUUUUCUUCGGCGGAACUCCCAGAUCUAUUCAGUGGCUAGCUAAAGAGUACUAUGACAUGCUCUACUACUACCUUUCUUUAAACCAGUUUGUUGAUGCAAGAUCUCUGGAUCACAUCUACUACUACCUGGAUUUCUUAGCGGCAAAGAAGGACAAUACUCUUGCUCCACUCUUUGGAGAUAUCCCAAAGGGAGAUCCUUUCUACUACUAG